AUGAGACUUGCAAGCCCAAACGAGCAGCGCGCGAUCAGUCGGGAGUACUGCGGCUUUUACAACGCGGUCGUCAUCGGAGCCGUCUAUGAGUUUUCCGGGUCGGACGUUGAUGUCUGCUCGAGCGUAUCCUUCUAUGGCGCCACCAAGAGAUGCAUCGACAACCAUCCGACGUUGAGCGUUGUCGUGCGAGACAUGCACACUGAUGCCGCGUUCUUCGAACGAGUGCCGACAGUAAACCUGGAAGACCAUAUCUCCAUCGUGGGGGAGAGUGAUACCUGCGCGUUGGCACCCGAAGAGGGCGGUGGCGGCGGCGGCGACGAGAUGGUGAAGAUAGAGAGAUUGCUUCCCUCCAUCCUGGACCGGCCUUGGCCGGGAUUGCCACCACCUUGGAGGAUCGUUGUGCUGCCCUUGUUACCUUCAAAACAGCUAGGCAGAGAGCAAACGCGCUGCUUCGUCGCCUUUUCCUUCUCACAUGCCCUAGGAGAUGGCAUAAUUGGGCAUGCAUUCCACAGCACGUUUAGAGCCGGGAUCUUUGACCAAGUCGAAGCGGAUUGCUCAGCCCUUCCCACCCCUGUCGCCGAUUUUCCGGCUCCUUUCGACACGGCGAAAAACCUUCCCAUCUCCUGGGGAUUUCUUCUCCGUCCACUUUUAGCAGUUCUCCUGCCCAAGUUUGUUGCGGACCUGACGGGACUCCGCGCGACCACCAGCGCCAUCGAUCACGGCACAUGGACGGGCGCCAGCAUGUUUUUCGAACCAGAGUCCUUCCGCAGUCGACCCUUACUAAUUGAGUUGCAAGCCGCAGAGGUUGCUAACGUGCUGCGGGUAUCAAGGAACAAUGGGGCCAGAUUCACGGCGACGAUGCACCAGUCUAUUGUACGAGCGUUGAGCAGAGCGCUUCCGCCUGGCGACGCCGCAAACUUCGUUUCGGGCACAGCAGUCAACAUGAGACGUGCUGUCGGUAAAUCUAAUGAUGAGAUGGGCUUCUUCGUCAACGCCUGCUACGAAUUCCAUGAUCGCGACGAAGCCUGCGAGUCUGCCUGGUCCGAGAAAGCCUGGGAACCUGCGCGAUCCUUGACCAAGAAGCUCGCGGAAUGCGCCGUGACGCUCAAAGACCAGCCGCUAGGUCUCUUGAGAUACGUACCAAGCAUCAGCAAGUGGACUGCGGCAAAAAUUGGUAAAGAGCGAGACAGCUCCUACGACCUCAGUAACCUUGGGGCAUUCGAAGCCACCGUCCCUGAGGAUCCGGAAACCGGCGGUCAGUGUAACAUCACCAAGAUGAUCUUCUCACGGCCUGUCAAUGCCACUUCUGCGCCCAUCACACUCAGCGUUGCCAGCGUCAAGAGCAGUAGCAUGGUGAUUGCGGUUGUGUGGCAGCCUGGAGCCUUGGGGGUUCCCCUUGAGUCGGAGUCGACAUUUAUUGAUGGGCUGUGUACCUUUUUGAAGGAGGACUUGAAGAAUCUCAGAUAG